AUGAAAGUUAGAAAUUUGAGUUCUCGAAAUAAAAAAAAAAUAUCAGCAGUAUCAACAGCUGAAUUAGAUAAUCAAGAAUGGGACGAUGGAUUAAUUGGAGAACAUGAAAAAGAAAGUACAUCGGCAUUAAAUAAAUCGUAUGUACAAAUAUAUGAAGAAACAUGUGCACGUUUAAAUAUUUGUCCUUGUUCAAUCAUUAUUCGAUCAUUAAAUGCAACAGAAAUAAAUUUACGUAAUUAUGGACUUGGUCCACGAGGAUGUGCAGCAUUAGCGGCUAGUCUUAUUCAUAAUACAACUGUUUUAUCACUUAAUUUAUCAGCGAAUAAUAUUGGUAAUAGUGGAAUGGCAUAUGUCUAUCAAAUUCUUACGGAAAAUAUAUAUAUUGAGGAAUAUGAUCUUUCAUUUGAUAAUCUCGGUACAAAAGGUAUUCGUAAAUUAGCUGAUGGUAUUACACAAUGUGCUCAAAUAAAAACUUUAAGUGUAGCUGGAAAUGAAUUAUCAGCUAAUGAUAUGAAAUUUUUACUUUCAAAAUUGGAGGAUCAUCCAAAUUUAAAAAAUCUUAAUAUAAGUCAUAAUCAAUUAGAUGAAAUAGGUGGAAAAUAUGUUGCUGAAUGGCUAACUGAUAAUAAUUUUUUACUUCAUCUUGAUGUUAGUUGGUGUAGUAUUCGUUUAACAGGUACUAAAGCCUUAGCUAAAGCAAUUGGUGAUAAUAAUAAAUUAAUAUCACUUGAUUUAUCAUACAAUAGCUUUACAAAUGAUACUAUUGAAUCUAUAACAAGUUCUUUAACACGUAAUAUGUCAUUAUGUGAAUUAAAUUUACAUGGUAAUCAAUUCAUAUGUAGAUAUGAUGCCAUGGUUAAAGAAAAUCCAUCAUUAUUAAUUACUGGAAAAGAUUCUCAAAUAUAUAAAAUGAUCGUAUCUGCUGCAACAAAUCAAUCAUUAAAAAUCUUUCGAUUAGGACGAAAUCAUAUUGAUACACGUUGUAUAAUGAUAAUGUUAGAAUCAUUAUCACAAAUGAAUAAUAUUACAUUAGAAGAACUUGAUUUAACAGGUUUAACAAUCAGCGCAAAGCAAACAUCAAAAAUUGAUUCACUAUUUUUAAAUAAUUCUAAAUUAAAAUGUUAUGUCGGACCAGUAAGGCAAACAGUAGAACAUUUUACAAAUUAUCUUUUAAAUUUAAUACAUAUUUACUGUGAAGAAAAUGCAAUUGCUUUAUCAGAUAUAUUUAAUCCACAUGAAGGAGCUCGUACGCCUACAUCAAUAAUUACAUAUGAACAAUUUCGUAAUGGAUUAAGAAAAGCAAAGAUUCCGUUUCCAAUUGCACAUAUUGAUGAUAUUAUGAAAUAUUUGGGACGAGAUAAUGAACCAGGGCAAAUUUCACUUAGAUCAAUUAAUAUUGGUUAA